AUGGAGCCCCGCGCCGCCGCGCCUGGCGAGCCCGAGUCGGCCUCGUCCCCCUCCUUCCAGGCCCGGCUCUGGAGAAACCUGCAGCUGGGGGUGGGCAAGGGCAGAGGUGGCGGGGCCGGGCGCCCCGGGGCCCCGGAGCGCCGCACUGCGGCCACCCCGACCCCGUCCCCACCGCCCCCGAGGGCCGCGCAGGACGCGCUGGCCGCCGCGGCGAGUACCGGCAGCAGGUGGAGCGGCUUCAAAAAGCGGAAGCAAGUGCUAGACCGAGUGUUCUCCUCCUCGCAGCCCAACCUGUGCUGCUCCUCCCCAGAGCCCCUGGACUCGGGCGGGGCGAGCAGAGCCGAGCAGGGGUCCACGCUGCGCCGCCGCCUCCGAGAACAUCUGCUGCCCGUGGCUAAGGGGUCCGCGACAGCCGCAGGGGCAGCCGGAGUGACGCCUCCUGGCGGGCGCUCCCCGGACUCGGCCCCUUCUUCUUCCGCCUCAUCCUCCCUGUCCUCUUCUCCCCAACCGCCCCCGCGGGGGGACCGCGUCCGAGAUGAGGGUGCACGGCGUGGAGGCCCUGGGGCACACCUGUGCCACCAGAAGAGCUCGUCUCUGCCGGGGACCGCGUGCCUGGAGCAGUUGCUGGAACCCUCGCCACCUCCGGCAGAAUCGGUUCGGGGUCCCGCCGAGCCCCAGGCUCUACAGAAGGGCGAAGAGCGCGGCAGCAGCCAGAAAAUAAAUACAGGUGGAACCAGUAAUGCAGAUAUCCCUUUGGCUGAUCCCGGAAUGUACCAGUUGGACAUCACACUAAGAAAGGGUCAAAGUUUAGCUGCCCGUGAUCGAGGAGGUGGGGACUAUCAGAAGAGCAACAGCAACGCUGAUAGCGGGAUAGUAAUAACUUGUAGUAAUAAGGCAGCUGGAGUACGAUUAGCGGCCAAGGUAUUUGACUAUGAUUUCGGACUGCAAGAUGACUUUAUGGGCUCAGCUUUUCUCGAUCUCACACAACUGGAAUUAAACAGGUCCACAGAUGUCACCUUAUCUCUGAAGGAUUCCCGUUAUCCCGGUCAUGACCUGGGAAUCAUUUUGCUGUCAGUCGUCCUUACCCCUAAGGAAGUCGAGCCCAGGGACAUGACAAUGCUAAUGAGGAAGAGUUGGAAAAGAUCCAGUAAGUUUCAGACCCAAAGUUUACGUCUAUCAGACCAGCACAGGAAAUCACAUCUGUGGAGAGGAAUCGUCAGCAUCACCUUGAUUGAGGGCCGAGACCUCAAAGCAAUGGAUUCCAAUGGGUUGAGUGAUCCCUACGUGAAGUUCCGGCUCGGCCAUCAAAAGUACAAGAGCAAGAUUAUGCCGAAAACUUUGAAUCCUCAGUGGAGGGAGCAAUUUGAUUUCCAUCUCUAUGAAGAAAGAGGAGGGAUCAUAGACAUCACUGCCUGGGACAAAGAUGCUGGGAAAAGGGAUGAUUUUAUUGGAAGGUGCCAGGUUGACCUGUCGUGCCUCAGUAGGGAGCAGACGCACAAGCUGGAGCUGCAGCUGGAAGAGGGUGAGGGCCACCUGGUUCUGCUUGUCACUCUGACAGCCUCGGCCACAGUCAGUAUUUCUGACCUCUCUGUCAACUCCCUGGAGGACCAGAAGGAGCGGGAAGAGAUAUUAAAGAGAUACAGCCCUCUAAGGAUAUUUAACAACCUAAAAGACGUGGGAUUUCUCCAGGUGAAGGUCAUCCGAGCAGAAGGUUUGAUGGCUGCUGACGUCACGGGUAAAAGCGACCCAUUCUGUGUGGUGGAACUGAACAACGAUAGGCUGCUCACACACACUGUCUACAAAAACCUCAAUCCUGACUGGAACAAAGUGUUCACAUUCAACAUUAAAGAUAUCCAUUCCGUUCUUGAAGUGACAGUUUAUGAUGAAGAUCGUGACCGGAGCGCCGACUUUCUGGGCAGGGUCGCUAUACCGUUGCUGUCUAUUCAAAAUGGUGAACAGAAAGCCUACGUCUUGAAAAACAAGCAGCUGACAGGGCCAACAAAGGGGGUCAUCUAUCUUGAAAUAGAUGUGAUUUUUAAUGCUGUGAAAGCCAGCUUACGAACAUUAGUACCCAAAGAACAGAAGUACAUUGAAGAGGAGAACAGACUCUCUAAACAGUUGCUUCUGAGAAACUUUAUCAGAACGAAGCGUUGUGUCAUGGUGCUUGUAAACGCGGCGUACUACGUUAAUAGUUGCUUUGACUGGGACUCGCCCCCACGGAGUCUUGCUGCUUUUGUGCUCUUUCUCUUCGCCGUGUGGAACUUCGAGCUCUACAUGAUGCCACUGUUGCUGUUGUCACUGUUGACCUGGAACUACUUCCUCAUAAUAUCAGGGAAAGAGAACAGGCAACAUGACACGGUAGUGGAGGACAUGCUAGAGGACGAGGAGGAAGAAGAUGACAAAGAUGACAAGGAUGGUGAAAAAAAAGGAUUUAUGAAUAAAAUCUAUGCUAUCCAGGAAGUCUGUGUCAGUGUCCAGAAUAUCCUAGAUGAAGUGGCUUCCUUUGGCGAAAGAAUAAAGAAUACUUUCAACUGGACUGUCCCAUUCUUAAGCUGGCUGGCCAUUGUAGCCCUCUGUGUGUUCACAGUUAUUCUGUACUUCAUUCCACUGAGAUACAUUGUUCUUGUCUGGGGAAUUAAUAAAUUUACAAAAAAGCUUCGGAGUCCAUAUGCUAUUGAUAACAAUGAACUACUUGACUUCCUCUCUAGAGUUCCCUCAGAUGUGCAAGUGGUGCAAUACCAAGAACUGAAAACAGACCAUUCUCAUAGUCCAUAUAAAAGGAAGAAAAACAACCUUGGCUAGCCAGCCUCCAGCAUUGAGGAGACGAGCAUGUCUGGAAAGAUAAAAAAUCCUCAGCCUCCGCAGCACUUCCUUUCUUUGGCUUUUUAUUUAUUUUCCAUUUUUAAAAUAAUGAUCAAGAACAUUUGUAAAUAGUGUACAAAAGGUGUAUGUCUUUGAAAAUAUACUUUCACUGUAUAGACUCAACUUGAUAAAAGCUUUUAGCUUGUGGAGUGUGGAAGCUUUGUUAGCUACAGAUAAUAUAAUAAUAAAACUGGAAGAUACAGUUCUAGAAUUAAAAGUGAAAGAGCCAGAGUAUCAGAUUAAAUGCUCAAUUGUGCUUAACCCUACAUAAAAUGAUAAUGCCAAUCUGAUCUUUAAGUUUUUUUGUAAUGCAACUAUUUCUUAUCUGAAACGUAAUUCAUUAAAUUUUGUUUUGUUUAUACAUUUCAAAAGGGAGAAACCCCAAAGCCUGAAUAAUAGAAAUGUUGCACUUCAAUUUAACAUACAUCCCGACUUUCACUCGUGUAAAUAAAUGUAUGGCUAUGGAUGAUUUUAUGCUACAGGUAUUCAUAUCUUUUCCUGACUUCACACACACAAUCCCUUAAGAGAAUGUGAGAGUCUAUGAAUAAGACUUUUAAACCUUCUAUCAUUCCAUCUAAAACCUUAAAAUCUCUCCAGAACUAUGUUAUAUAAAUACUGCCAGGUUUAUAUAUGAUUAUCAGGAUUUUUAUAUAUACCACUAAUUUAAUUUAUACUGAGUAAGCAAAUUAGCAAGCUAAUUGUCAAAAAUAAUAGCAAACUAAAUCUAUAUUGCACAUGGUGUCCAAUUAUGCCCUUGUGCAUCUAAAAUAAUAUUCAAGUGUCCUCUACUGACAUACUUUAAUGUAUAAUAUGAAUUUUGUCAUUAGUGAGUUUUAAUGGAGAGAAUGCUGUGGACUAAAUUAAAGUCCAUUGUUUCAUUACAUCAUUUAUGAAGAUCAUUGAUAAUGCAUGAAAACCUGUUUUGUAAAAUAAACUGCUUGUAAGGCAUUAAAAAUGUUUCACUAACCACACCCGAUACUUCAACAUUGCAUUCCUGAAAGUAAUUCCAGGGUCUAUCAAGGGAACGUACCUCUGCUGAGAUAACUUGGUCAGUAAGAAUGUCUUCACUGACUUGUUAGAAGAGUCAGACUCAAUGGAAAUUGCUGCAAUGUUUUGCACUACUUACUAAUUGCUAUUAAUAACUGGGAUGGGUUGAAGGUGGGGGUUGUGCUGGAAAAUGCAUAAAGGCAUAAGUAUAUAUUGCACUUUAAAGAUUCUUUAAAUCUCAUCAAAGCUGAUUUUUAAAGUAUUUUUAUUUCAGAAAUAUGUUGUUAAAUACUAUUUCUUACAAUAGAACUAUUUUGAUGUUUAUACACUAUGCUUGGAAGAAUGUCAACUAAAUUCUCUUUCUACAGAAAGGCUUUGACCUCAAUAUGCUCUAUUUAGUGUAUCAUGUUUAAAAUAACAUAUUUACAUCUGCAUUCCAUCACUGUUUGUUGCAAAACCAUACUACUUUAUGAAGCUAACCUAAUACAUAAAGUUUAUUAAUGAGAUCAUUUGCUUGGUAUAAAUUCUGAUUAUACCUGUGUGAGAUUUAUGUUCUGUGCUGACAGUGUCUACUCAAAAGUCUAUAAGCCUGACAUUCUGUAACCUCAGAUGGACCUAGUGGAUGUAACCAUUAACAGAUGACUAAUUUUUGUUCAUUUCAUUGUGUAAGAUUUCAGAUGUUUAGUUCAGUAGUAAUGUUAACUACAUAUUCACUGCAUUAAAUA